CCACCCAAACCAACACAAGGUUCUGGACGCUUCUAAAGAGGAGAGAGUGGGCUACAGUCGGUCAAUUGGCACUUUCUUUCUCUCCAAACACCUUUUUUAUUUUCCCUCUUAUUUUCUCACUGUUCCUCUCUCAUCCUAAACCCUCCAUAGCAUAGCAGUCGCCAUUUCCUUACCCCCCCCCCCCUCUCUCUCUCUCUCUCUCUCUCUCUCCCUCCUCUUCCAAUAAACCCAUUUUCAGUGAUGUCGCUCUACAAGAUUUCAUCUCGUUUUCCGAGGACCGUCGUGGCUCAGUGCCGGAACUCCUUGCUAAUCUGUACCCGUCACCACCACCCCCUUCCGAUCCCUUCCAAUCAAUUUCAAUCUCUCCAUGACUCCCAAAAUAAGGUGAUUUCUGGCCUCGUGUCUCUGUUACAUCAUUCAGCCCUUAACACUUCUGCUUUUCAACGAUUUGGAUUCUCGUCAUCUACAUCUCCUGAAACUACUGAAAAGGAGAAUGCCCAGUCUGGAAAUGGAGGGAGUACGGUAGAGAACAAUGGUGCCACUGCAAAAACAAGUGGAGAUACCGAAGUUCCUGAGCAAAAAGAGGCUUCCAGUUCUGAAGAUUCAGAUGCGGAGGCCGAGUUAUCCAUGGAGGAUCUGGUGAAACUCGUGACGGAGAAGGAAGAACUUUUAAAUGUGAAGCACAAAGAGAUUGAGAAAAUGCAAGAUAAAGUUAUCCGGACUUAUGCAGAAAUGGAGAAUGUUAUGGGGAGGACAAGACGUGAGGCAGAGAACUCAAAAAAAUUUGCCAUACAGAGUUUUGCAAAGAGUUUAUUGGAUGUUGCAGAUAAUUUGGGUAGGGCUUCUUCUGUUGUAAAAGAGAGUUUUUCAAAGAUUGACACAACUAAAGACAGUGCAGGGGCUGUGCCCCUUCUCAAAACACUGUUGGAAGGUGUUGAAAUGACUGAAAAACAGCUCGCAGAGGUACUCAAAAAGUAUGGAGUGGAAAAAUAUGAUCCUACAAAUGAGCAAUUUGAUCCAAAUAGACAUAAUGCAGUAUUCCAAGUACCAGAUGCUUCUAAGCCCCCUGACACUGUUGCAGUCGUUUUGAAGGUGGGAUAUGUGCUUCAUGACAGAGUUAUCCGACCAGCUGAAGUUGGCGUGACUGUAGUAGUGGAUAAUGAGACAGAGCAAGGCUCUACAUCUUGAAGGAAUGACUGGGUAUAUUCCUUGCAGACCUGAGUUGGUUUUUUUUCUGUUUUUUCAUCAGCUUGUGACAGAAGGAAUAGUAUUUUCCUCAACAUCAGAUAAACUUUAGCUGCUGUGCCUAAUCUAGGUCAAAGAAUGGAUCAAUUUUUUUAAAAUCCAGUUUACAUUUUAUUGGUUGUUAUUUAUUAAAGAAGUUGCGUCGGAGGGAUUUGGGAUCGGUUCAAGCCCUUUUAAUUUUAAGUUCAUAAUAGAGUUUUGAAUAUGUCAAGGAGGUUGGGCUGCUCAGGCUUGUUUUGCUUUGCAGUUUUGUUUAAUUUCUAACUACCACAUUCUACAAAAUGUGUGCUUGAGCUGAAGGUCAAAAUAGGGAUGCAAUUCUGGUA